ACACAAUCCAGUGCACGACACAGGCGAGACUCCAAACAUACCAGCACAAGCCUGUGACGCGAACCCUGCUCGCGACUUUUGUCUGAACAUUCUCAAUUGACUCUUAGUCUUCUCUUCUAGUGCUCAAAGAUAUAAUACAAAAGACAUAGUACUAUUAGCACGCCAGGAUAUAUAUAGGUAAGAAAAAUGGUCAAGAUCUCUGAAAUCGCUCGAACUUCGACGUUUGCUUGGAGUCUGGAUACUUUACCUAUUCUUGCCACUGGGACCGUUGCCGGAGCCGUAGAUGCUAGCUUCAACUCUCUGCUGCUGUUGGAACUCUGGGACAUUUUUUCAGCUACCAACACCAACGAGCCCAUUUUUAGUGCAGCUGUAGAACACCGUUUCUACGCUUUAGCAUGGUCGAAACCGUUUGAAGGACGUCCCAGGGGUUUGAUUGCUGCUGCCUUUGAGAACGGAGUGAUCGAGUUCUGGGAUGCCGAAGUUCUCAUCAUACUGAAAGACUUGGCCAAAGCUUCCGUCCACAAGCUGAGCAAACACUCUGGACCCGUCAGAAGUUUGCAGUUCAACCCUCUUCAGAGUCAUGUGUUGGUUUCCGGAGGAUCUCACGGCCAGAUCUUCAUAUGGGAUACAAAGAAGUUCACCGAACCCUUCUCUCCGGGACUGGCUAUGACUCCUAUGGACGAAAUCAGCUCCGUAGCCUGGAACAACUCGGUCAGCCACAUUCUCGCCAGUACAGGAAAUAGUGGCUACACGUCGAUCUGGGACUUGAAAUCAAAGCGAGAAGUGUUGCACUUGUCGUACACUGGUGCAUCAGGAAGAGCCAACUUCUCCCAUGUUGCUUGGCAUCCUACUAAGCUGACCGAAUUAAUCACCGCCAGUGACAAUGAUGCCUGCCCAUUGAUAUUGACGUGGGAUUUACGUAACUCCAACGCUCCAGAGAAGAUCUUAGAAGGGCACAAGAAGGGAGUUUUGUCGCUUGACUGGUGCCAACAGGAUCCGGAGCUCUUGAUCUCCAGCGGAAAAGACAACACAACUUUCUUGUGGAACCCUACUACUGGACAGAAACUUGGUGAAUACCCUACUACAGCCAACUGGGCUUUCCAAACUGCUUUUGCACCAAAAGUUCCUGAUAUCUUUGCCACAGCUUCGUUUGACGGCAAGAUCGUCGUGCAGUCGCUCCAAGAUACCUCUCCUCCAGUGUCGGAAAAAGUCACAUCCAACGAUGACAACGUCUUCUGGAAUCAGUUGUCUACAACUGACACCCAGCAGCCGGUAUUUGAUAUCAAACAGGCUCCUCAGUGGUUGAAGACGCCUUCUGCUGUGUCAUUUGGCUUUGGUUCCAAGUUGGUGCAGGUGCUGAAAGACAGCAACGGCAAGUCCAUUAUCAAUAUCCAAAAGUUUGUCGCCAAAGGACAAAGUUCAUCAUCUGAAUUAUAUACUGCUCUCAAGAACAACAACUUCAAAUCAAUCAUAGACGAGAAGAUCUCGUCGAACGUUGCCAGCGACCUUGACAAGAGCGACUGGAAGCUCUUACAGAAGUUGGCUGAAUCCGGAAAGGAUGAAAUCUUGACUGAGGUUACUACAGAAGAAGAAGAAAAGAAGCCAGAAACUGAAAUUGAACUGGAAGAUAAGAAGAACGGUGAUUCUGAAGACGUUCCAGCUUCUGCUGAUGAUUCCUUCUUUGACAAUCUUGGAAACGGCAAGGUAGUUCUUGAAAAUGAAGCACCUUUUGUUCCAUCGGGUUCGUUCAAGAUCUUUUCCGCCAAAGUCAGCGAAGAGGACAAGUCUUUGAUCAAAUUGGUUUUGGGCAACAAAAUCGAAGAUGCCGUCCAUGACUGUAUCGAAAGAGGCAAAUUGUUGGAAGCAUUGGUGUUGGCCUUGGAUGCUUCUGAUGACAUCAAGGAAAAAGUUAAAAACGCCUACUUUAAGAAGAACGUCAAAAAGGAAGUGUCGAGAGUUCUCUAUUCGGUCUCAUCGCAGAAUAUCACCGACAUUGUAUCCAACGCCAAUGUAGCCAACUGGAAGGAAAUCGCUGCUGGCAUCACCUCCUUCACCAACGAUCCGGACGAUUUUAACAGCAAGAUCACCGAGUUGGGUGAUCGUAUCUUGGAAUCGAAGACUGUAGCUGAUAGCAGAGACACUGCCAUCAGAUGCUACUUGGCUGGUAAUGCUUUGGACAAAAUUGCAAGUAUCUGGUUGAAGGAGUUGCCAGCCUUGGAGGCUCAUUUGUUGGAGUCCGACAACGCUGAAAACGUCUCAUCUCCUUCCGAAGCUCGCCUCAUCGCUUUGACUAACUUUGUUCUGAAGAUUGCAGCCUACAGAUCGAUUUCUAACAUCAGCGGCGAGAUCUCUGGCCCUUCAGCUGAACCUAUCUCCAAGGCUAUUGUAGAGUACACAAAUUUGGUAGCUGGUAACGGAGAGUUUGAAUUGGCCAACAUAUUCUUGCAAUUGUUGCCCAGUGACUUGGCAGGAACCGAAAAGGACAGAAUCAACAAGGCUACUGGUGCCGUUGCUGCUGUUACUGCUUCCAAAACUGUGAAAUCUGGCACAAGCGCUGUUGCUAACUCUGUCACCGCUAAGACUAGCAAGGUUUCGAGAGAAGUCCUGUCAACUCCAAAACCUUCGUACCAGGCAACGAUGCCUCCUAUUGGAGCUCCACUUGCUCCCUCAGCUAUUCCAUCUGCCAGUGUUCCAAGCAGCAAUCCAUAUGUCAGAGCUUCUAACCCAUAUGCUCCUCAUGUGUCCUCAACCAACAUCUACAAACCUGCUGCUCCAGUCGUACAAGCACCACCUCCAGCCCAAGCUACAGCAGUAAGUCCGCCUCCUACUGGCCCACCUAAGCCGGUAUACAAACAGGAAACUGACGGUUGGAACGAUUUGCCAGAUACGUUCAAAUCGAAGGCUCCAGCACGCCGAGCUGCUGCUGUUGUUACAGCUACACCAUCUCCUACACCAUUACCUCAAACUACAGUUCCACCAAUGUCCAUUCCUCCAGGUCCGAAGAGAUCGAUGUCAAGCGGAAGUGCUGCUCCUCCUCCACCAAAAGGUAGCCGUGCUAAUUCUAAAGUAGCUGUACCCACUAUCCAGUCGUCACCACGUCCUGCUCCUGUUCAUGUUAACAAUCGUUACGCUCCACCUCCUUCAGCAGAUGUGAAUGCUCCGUCCAACACUCACUCUUCUCCAGUAGGAGUAUCUCCUUCUACCAAGAAGAACCCGUACGCUGUAGCACCAGAGGUAGCUCCUAGAGUAGCCUACGCUCCUCCUCCAGCUUCUCUUUCAGGAUUAGGAUUCUCCGGAGGCGCUGCUGCACCACCAGCACCCCCAAAGAAUCCAUAUGCUCCUCUGGCCAGUUCUGUAAUUUCUCCUAGAGUUAGCAACGCUGGUAUAGUACCACCUCCUAUGGGUAGAGGCAUUGUAUCUCCUCCAACUUCGUUUGGCUCAAUGCACGCAGCCCCUAUUCAGCCAGCUUUUAGCGGAGUCCCACCACCACCUCCAGCUAUCGGGCACCAGCCAGCUGCUUCUGCCCCUCCUCCUCCUCCGGCAGCUAAAACUCCAGUUCCAACCAAGAGUAAAUAUCCCAAAGGAGACAGGUCUCACAUCCCCGAAAAGUCGGUUUUGAUCUACCAAUAUUUGACCAAGGUGCUUGAGGCUGUCAAGCCUAACAUCCCAGAAAAGUACACGGCUCACGGCGAGGACUUGGAAAAGAGACUCAACAUAUUGUUUGACCACUUGAACAAUGAAGACUUGUUAACCGACGAUGCCAUUGAAGACUUGAAGGAAGUUUGCACAGCAUUGGAAAGCAAGGAUAUUGAAUCUGCCAGCUCAUUGAACACUCUGUUUGCUGCCAACCAUAUCGAUCAACUCGGUAAUUGGCAUAGAGGUAUCACCCGUCUCAUUACCAUGGCUGAAGCUAUGUAUUAGCGCAAAAUAACUUUUUUUAAUGUAUAGUCAUCUCCACUCGGUGCAUUAUUAGAUAUGCUAACUAUGCCUACCAUAGAAAUAACUAAAAUGAUUUUUGUCAAGUUUCUAGACAUGUACAAAUAUAGUAGAGUCACCCCUAAAAGAUUACAACAUUGUCUAAAAAUGUUGUAGAAUAGACAUUUUGUUAACGUUAG